AUGUACAUCAGUGUUUUGCUCGCAGCUACAUCCACAUGAAAGUGGCUUCUCUUGGCGUUUAUGCAGGUGCAGGGGGGCGAUAUUGACGUGUACAUCGUGGAUCUGGACUUUGCAUAUUCACAUGCGGUUAGGGUUGUGGUAUCAUCGCGGAGAGUUAUUGUUUGUGGAGUUAGUAAUUUUCUUUCUUUUUUUGCCUUGUUUCUUUGUUUGCGGGGUUGGGGAUUUGUACUCGGAGUAUGAGCAUUGCAUUACUUCGACUGGCUGUACAUUAGGAGUUUUGAUGGUAAUAUUGAGGCAAUGGUUUUAUGAUCCCUCGCGCUUGAAAUAGGACGUGAUAUGUAGUCACAUGGUUUAGGCUUUCGAGGACCAUAGACUUCU